AAAAAGACGAUAAUACCCCCUCAAUUCUCGAAACAGAGGAGGAGAAAUAGAGACUCCGAGAAAGGUCAUCCCGAAGAUUUGUUCGCAUCUGAUUCCUCCUCCGAUCUGCCAUGGCUAAGAGGUUUUGCUAACAACGCUAUAAGAGAUUUCGCUGGGUGAAGGAGAGUGAUAGAUCUCUUUUCACACCCUUUUAUCGUCGCGAGUAAAACGUGUCUAAAGGCUCACACUUGAAGUGUUUUGAGAGGAUUAGAAAAUGGCAGAUGGGAUAUCGAGCUUUUGGGGUCCAGUGACUUCCACCAUAGAGUGUUGUGAGAAGAACUACGCCUACUCUUCUUACAUUGCAGAGUUCUACAAUACCAUCUCCAACGUCCCUGGAAUCCUCUUGGCUCUCAUUGGUCUCGUCAACGCCUUAAGGCAACGGUUCGAGAAGAGGUUCAGCAUUCUCCACAUAUCCAACAUGAUCCUCGCUAUCGGCAGCAUGCUCUACCAUGCAACUUUGCAGCACGUGCAACAACAGAGUGAUGAGACGCCAAUGGUGUGGGAGAUACUUCUCUACAUGUACAUCCUUUACUCACCAGACUGGCAUUACAGAAGCACUAUGCCAACUUUUCUCUUCCUCUACGGUGCUGCCUUCGCUGCUGCCCACGCUUUCCUCAGGUUUGGCAUCGGUUUCAAGGUCCACUACGUGGUUCUCUGCCUUCUGUGCAUCCCUCGGAUGUACAAGUACUACAUUCACACAGCGGACACCGCGGCUAAAAGGAUUGCGAAGUGGUAUGUUGCUACGAUCCUAGUGGGGAGUGUUUGCUGGUUCUGCGACCGUGUUUUCUGCAAGAGGAUAUCUCAGUGGCCUGUGAACCCUCAGGGACAUGCUCUGUGGCAUGUCUUCAUGAGUUUCAACUCGUACUGUGCGAACACGUUCUUGAUGUUCUGUCGAGCUCAGCAGCGUGGAUGGAAUCCGAAGGUGAAAUACUUUCUGGGGGUUCUUCCUUACGUCAAGAUCGAGAAGCCAAAAGCACAAUGAGGUGAAAGAUUUGGGCAAAGAGAGCCCAGAAGCCAAAAGCAUGAAUAUAGCUUUUUGUUCUUCGUUUUGUCAGAGAUUUCGACUUUGGUUUUCAUUUUUUUUUUUGGAAGUGAAACUACUCUCUAGAUACAGAGUCUAGAUUUUGUUUUUUGUUCUUUGUAUUAGUUUCCUUGGGGAUGAUGAUCUUAUGAAGAAUUGAUUUUUAACUUGCUGAAA